AUGGAGCAGCUAUCAUUCAAGGUCAACGAACUAGAACAUAGGCUAGCAGAAACCAGCAUGGAGGAAGGGAGUUCUGAAGGAAUCGCCAAGACAAACAGUCGUCGUCCGGACUGGGCGGAGGCAUCCAGCGAACAGCAGAUCGCUGCCCCGACAGUCGCAGUUAUUUCCAAGGAUAGCUGUUUGGAGUCUUCCCCAUACAGCGGCAGCGGCAACCCAGUGGGAUGGCUGUACCGCUGCGAGCAAUUCUUUCGUAACCAGCGCACGGAGGAUGAAACUGUAAAGUCUCCUCCUUUGGCCGGGGAUGGUAACUAUGCAGAAAUCCAAGAAACAGGAAUGCGCAAGAGAUAUAAGGUGGAUGGGCAGGAUAUGGAGGUAACUUUCUCUCAAGCUUAUAUUGAUGGCAUGGAUUUUGUGUUCAUAGACAGCCCUAUGUUCCGCAAUAUUGAGAAAAAUAUAUAUGGGGGUGGCCGAGGGGAUAUUUUAAAACACAUGGUUCGCUUCUGUAAGGCUGCUCUUGAGGUUCUCUUCUGUAAGUAUACCCGGUGCGUUCCUGUGAUCCACAACAUAGCACACCGAGGUCGUGGUCCAGUACACGAUUUUCGUUAUGUGGACCUUCCACAAAACUACUUCAAACUACAUGACCCAGGAGGUGGGGAACACUUCAAGGUCCUUGCAGCUGGCCUGAAAGCAGCAGAUUGUGUAGUCACGGUAAGCCAUGGUUACGCAUGGGGGCUGAAAACUAAAGGAAGCUGGGGUCUACAUCAAAUAAUAAAUGAGUGUGAUUGGAAGUUAAAGGGCAUCGUGAAUGGGAUUGAUGCAAAAGAAUGGAACCAACUUUAUGCAUUGAGCUAUGGGACAACCCCUGUUGUUCAUGCUGUUGGUGGACUGAGAGAUAAGUGUGCAGCCGUUUGA